UAACCAUUGAUUAUUUUAUACCUCAAUGUUUUUCAUUUCUCCUCUUUUUUGUAUCGGUUCGAUACACUUAAAUUGUGCAAUUAUUUGUUUACGAUUUUCCCGGCGGUAAACAAGACUUGGAGACACCUGAAAUUUCUUUUAAACCGGAAAAGGACACUUUGGAACAUUUACACAAAAUGGAGCAAUCUAACAAGUCGCUAGUUAGAGAUAAAUCUAUUAGCCAAUCUGUUAAACUUGACGCGUUUGAGAAUAAUUUUCACCACGCAGACGCGAGAAUAGAUUCAAACGUAAGCGGAAGUAAAGAACCUUCAUUGAGAAGUAAUUUUUCACAUACUAUUGGUCAAAAUAAUAGGGUAGAUAAUGAAGUUGUUUCAAAUAUUAGUCAAGUAACCAACUUGAUGAAAAAUAAAGCGAAAAUUAUCAAUUCAGAAACUGGAGAUGCUGAUGAUUCUUUCAACCUUACCUACCUCUCCAUCAAUAAUUUUAAUCACUUUGCUAAGACAGCUGAUACAUCAUCAUCUGAUAUGAUCCAAAGUAAAGAUACAAUAAAUUCUUUUGUGGAUUCACAACAUUUAACGAGAUCCCAUUCGGAUAUUGAUUUUUCAAUGAAUACACAGCCGUUGAUCUCUUCCGCUUCAACUCUACACCAUGCUUAUACUUUCCCAUUAGAUAAAUCAUCAUAUCGCGAGUUAGAUGAUCGAAAUUCAUCUAUACAAAAUACUACAUCUGAUUCGAAUAGAAAGUCCGUAGUAAUUUCCGAUGAAAAAGUUAAAAAUAGUAGUAAAGUUAACACUAGUCUGUCUACAAACAUUAAUACUACAUUUAAUAAUAAUGCUCUUCAGAUAACUAGCACCAAGAUAAUUACUUCAAUUGAUAAUGAACCUGCCAAAAAAGAGAUAAAUAAGAUCAAACCGCAUAUCCUUUCUAGAAGUAUACCUGUUUCUUCUUCGCCUGUUGAGUUUCAUUCCCCUGAUGAUAUCUUAGUAGAUCCAUGUAUCGCGCGGGGUACCAUACUUUAUAAAGUAUCAGCAAAAAAGAAGCAGCGACGAACAUUUAGAAUUGACGUUGAUCAAGGUCGCAUAUUAUGGGAUUCGAAAAAAUCUGGAAAAGUCAAUAUUGAAAAUAUCAAGGAACUUCGAAUUGGGGAGGCGAUCCGUAAUAUUCGUAUUCAUGCAAAGAUCGGCAAAGAAUUUGAAGAUCGAUGGUUUACAAUAAUUUAUGUUGAAGCAGGAAAAUAUAAAUCACUUCAUCUUCUUGCUGAGACUGCUGAUUUAUUCAAUAAAUGGGUAGAUAAUCUGCAAAGAUUAUAUCUACAUAGAAAAGAUAUGAUAGGAGGAUUAGGACAUUUAAGGAAAAGACAGUCCAUUUGGCUGAAACAGCAUUGGAAACAAGCUAAUAAAGAUGGGGAUUCAAAAUUAGUAUUUGAUGAAGUUUCUAGAUUAUGUCGUCAACUGAACAUAAAUAUGUCAAGGCAAUCUUUAAAAGCAAAAUUCGGUGAAGCCGAUACACAAAAUAAUGGGUGGCUUGAUUUCACCGACUUUCAACGAUUUGUAAAGAUAAUUAAGAAGCGACCAGAAUUAGAUAACCUUUUUGAGUCUCUUGCAAAAACUAAAAAAGAUAUCUUGACUCUGCAAGAAUUCAAAGAUUUUCUAUUGAUUGUACAAAAGUGUAAUUUAAAGGAAGAUUAUGAUAACCUUUAUUAUAAAUUCUGUGAUAAAGACCUUAAUGAAAUGAGCUUGGAAGGAUUUAAUAGCUUUUUGAUGUCUAGCGAUAAUUCUGUUUUUGCUUCAGAUCAUGCCAAACUCUAUCAGGAUAUGACUCAUCCUUUAUGUCAUUACUUUAUCGAUUCUUCUCAUAAUACGUAUCUUCUCGGUCAUCAAUUGACAGGAGAAUCUUCCAUAGAAGGUUAUAUCCGUGUUUUACAACGAGGGUGUCGAUGUGUUGAAAUCGAUUGUUGGGAUGGGCCUGAUGGACCUAUAGUUACACAUGGUCAUACUUGGACUUCGAAAAUUUUAUUUCAAGAUGCCAUUUCUGCUAUUCGUACUUAUGCGUUUAAAGCAAGUCCUUACCCGUUAAUUUUAUCACUUGAAGUUCAUUGCUCUAUCGAACAACAAGAACACAUGGCGAAAAUUUUAUCUGAGAUUUUAGGCGAGCAUCUUGUUACCAAAUUUUUUUCGGACGAUGAAUCAGAACUGCCCAGCCCCGAUAGUUUGAUGUAUAAAAUUUUAUUAAAGGGAAAAAAUCUUCCACAUGGUACAGCGGAAGAUCUUUUUGAUUCUGCUACUGACACAGAAUCUGCCACAGAUCCAGAAUCAGAUGUUGAAUCAAAAGAUAACGCAGAUAAAAAACAUAAAAAGGGCAAAUCAAAAGUUGCCAAAGCUCUCUCUGAUUUAGUAGUUUAUUGUUCAGCUGUCAAAUUCAAAGGAUUCGAUAAUAGUCUUAACAAAGGAAAUUCUAAGUUUUACCACAUGUCUUCAUUUUCUGAGAGAGUUGCAACUCGACUUACCAAAACAGAUAAGCAGUCUUUUAUCCAACAUAAUUCUCGACAUUUGUCACGUAUCUAUCCAUCAGGAUAUCGUAUAGCUUCUUCAAAUUAUGAACCACAACAUCAAUGGAUGGUUGGAAGUCAACUGGUUGCUUUGAAUUGGCAGACAUUUGAUCUCGGUAUGCAAAUAAAUCAAGCUAUGUUUAGCGUUAAUGGUAGAUGCGGAUAUGUUCUUAAGCCUGAAAAUAUGCGUAAUUUCGAACUUACAACUACCACAAAUCCUUUAACACAAUAUACUCUGGAAGUUGAGAUUAUAUCUGCCCAACAACUUACUGGGCCUAAAGAUUUGUUUAAAGAGAUUAUUGAUCCUUACGUUGAAGUGGAAUUAUUGAUGCCGGGCGCAGAUGUCAUUAAAAAGAAAACAAAAACUGUUCUUGAUAAUGGUUUUAAUCCAAUUUGGAAUGAAACUUUGACGUUUACCAUCGAUUUUGAAUACCUGGAACUUGUAUUCUUACGAUUUACCGUAUGGGAUGAAGAUGUAAGAUUAAAUGAAUUUAUUGGCUAUUAUUGUAUCCCGGUAGCUAGCUUACAACAAGGUAAAGUUCUAGGAUCUACUUCUGUAUUUGUUUAGUUCACAACUUAAAUGUAUAUAUAUAUAUAUAUAGGUUAUCGCCAUAUUCCUCUUAAUGAUGCAAAUGGUGAACAGUAUCUGUUCACAACCUUGUUCGUUCGGUUAUCGCUAAAACCCAUCAUAUAAAUUUUUUUAUUUGAAAAAAACCACAUUUGAUAUACUUAAUUUAUUAGUCAGUGCUUAUUCCUUUAUAUACUUUUGGGAAAAAAGUUGUAGUGAUUCGAAAAAAAAAACCAUUUUUUUUUCUUUUCUUUUGGUAUUUUUUUUGUAAAGAUUUUAUUUUUAAUACAUUUAUAGAACAUUAUUGACAUUAUUGAUUGU